AUGACUAAAAGAAAGAGAGAAGAAGCCUUCAAACAUGGACAGGUAGCUGAAAAAGCUUUGAAGAUUACCAAAUCGUCACAAGAUGCAGAAACAUCUUCAUCGACUAGCCCGGAUGAUACCGCGCUGACUGUUCAAGUCAUCACUGGUUCCUACGAACGAGUCCUGCAUGGAUUUACUGCCGCUAUCUCAUCUUCGUGUUUCUCCUCUGAUCCAAAGAAACCGGAUACAGGUUCAUCGUCUGUCCAAUUCGUGGAUACCUUUUUGUUCGAGGCCCAUGCAUCUGCGAUACGAUGUCUUGCAUUGUCUCCGCCUCCAAAGAAUGAUUCCUCAGGGCCCCAGAAGCUCAUCCUUGCCAGCGGUGGUACAGACGAACGCAUAAAUCUCUAUUCGUUGUCUGCUUCUCCAACGUUGGAUGAAAAUCAUCCGUCCGUCCCGACUCUGGCCGGUAACAAGAUUCUCGAGAACCCGAAGAACCGCGAAUUGGGCUCAUUGCUGCACCAUUCCGCUAGCAUCUCUGCGCUGUACUUCCCUUCGCAUUCAAAGCUUCUCGCGGCUGCCGAAGACAACACUAUUUCCGUUACCAGAACACGCGACUUUACUGUCGUGUCGACCAUCAAAGCCCCCCGUCCAAAAGCCCAAGGAAGACCCACUGGUGAUACUGCUCCUCCAGGGGGGGCACCAUCAGGUGUCAAUGACUUUGCCAUACACCCUAGUAUGAAACUCAUGCUAAGUGUCGGAAGAGGAGAAAAGUGCAUGAGGCUUUGGAAUUUGGUCACCGGAAAGAAAGCUGGGGUUCUGAACUUCAGCAAAGACAUCCUGCAGAGCGUCAACGAAAGUAAGUGGAGUACUGGGGAAGGACGGAAGAUUGUCUGGAAUUCUCGAGGAGAGGAGUUUGCAGUUGCCUUUGAAUGGGGGGCUGUUGUCUUUGGAAUAGAUUCGGUGCCCGUGUGCCGGUUGUUACCGAGCCCGCGAAGUAAGCUUCACCAGAUUGAAUAUGUCGACCUUGACUCUUCUUCUGAUGGUGGUGAUGAACGACUCGUGGCUUCCACGGAGGAUGGAAGGAUCAUCUUCUUUUCGACGAAGAAACUACGAAAAGCUGAAGAAGGCUCGGGGUCGUCAAUGCCUUACGCUGAGGCUGUCGCUCAGCUCGGCGGUAAGCAGAAUGGCCUGCCGGGUCGGAUAAAGGAUUUUAAGAUUUUGAGCCUUCGAGGUGAAUCGAAGGCGAGAGAUGAUGACUUUCUUCUUGUGACUGCUGGCAGUGAUGGGACGGUUCGCGUGUGGAUGUUAAAUGGAAAGGAGCUCUCUUUAGAAGCACAAGCAAGGGACACUCCAGAAUCCAAAGAUGAGAGCCCCUCAAACCCUCGCCAGGUUGGAAGGCUUUUAAACUCUUAUGAGACAGGCAACCGUAUCACCUGUCUGAAAGCCUUCGUUAUGUUGCCGCCGGAGGAUGCGUCGGCCUCUGAUGAGUCGUUAGAUGAGUUCGAAGAGGAAGCUGAGGAAUCUUCCGAGGACGAGGAAAGCGACGAUGAAUGA